UCAAUAAAGUUGUUGAACUGCUUGAGCCUGAUCGAGCGAAAUGAUAGCGCUUCGACUGACGUGGCACGGCAUCAUAAUGUGGGCGUGGCUUAGUAUUGUCAACAUCCUGAUGACAUAACUAGUUUCUCCAAAAUGGCGACGGCGGAUCAGAGGGAAGCAGGCCAGGACGACCCAGAGAGUGAAGAUGAGGUUUAUGAGGUCGUGGACCUGACUGAGUAUGCCCGGAGGCACCAGUGGUGGAGCAGGGUGUUUGGGAACAACUCCGGCCCCAUUGCUGAGAAGUACUCCGUGGCUACUCAGCUCAUGAUGGGAGGAGUGACUGGAUGGUGUGCAGGUUAUGUCUUCCAGAGAGUUGGGAAAAUAGCAGCUACUGCUAUUGGCGGCGGGUUCCUCCUUCUACAGAUUGCCAAUCACAGUGGCUACGUGCAGGUGGACUGGAAGAAGGUGGAGAAAGAUGUGAACAAAGCAAAGAAGCACCUGAAGAAGAAGGCAAACAAAGCAGCCCCAGAAAUAAACACAUUCAUUGAGGAGGUAAAGGCCACUGAUUUUAUAAAGAGGAACAUCGUCCUGUCCAGCGGGUUCGUCGGCGGCUUCUUUUUGGGAUUGGCCUCCUAAGGCUGCUGCACACACUACGAUCUCCAUUUACUGUGAAUCGCUACAUACGUCACUUUCCAUUGCUUACCUCUCAGCCCCGUGUGUGUAUUGAGCGAAGUGAUUACGGGAUUAUGUUGAACACUAAACCAGCUGUUCUAAACCAAUCCUAGCUUAUUAUCAUUUGAGUGCUUUUUGGAGGAUGUGUGUGAGGUGGUGGUCCAUAGAGAAUCGGGGGCACUUGGAUUGUACUGUGAACGACCUUUCUGUGGGACCUGCUGAAUACGUCACGCUGCCAUGAAGUUGCUGGUUAUUAGUUUGUUUUUGGUUUUUUUGGUUUGCUUCUGGAAAUGAGAUUGUCCCAAGUGUUUGCCAGGUGGAUUUGGAUCUCAGAAGCAAGGUGGCAUGUGUGGGCACCUUUGUAAAUAUAUAGCCAAACCCCGCUUUCAGAGCUGUAAAUACACACACACACACAAGUAAUUAUUAUAUAAACAGCAUGGAAGGCAGCAGAGUGGGAAGUUAACACCAACCCCCAGUCUAGUGCCUGGAGUUUUUAUUUUUUUUAUUAUAGCUGUGAAGUUUGUCAGGUUCACAUGCCAUUCAAAGCAUGCAGGCAAAUCCAGUUAUAAGUUGAUCACACAGACUGGGGGGAAAGGUAAAGGUCAUUUUCCCACUCUGAACAGGAGUCCUUACUGAUAAAGAACAUGUCAUGAGUAAGUUGAAUCUGUGAAGUAUUAAAAACCCUUUGUUCCCAUAAUCCCCAGCUCCACAAUGCCCUUUAAUGGCAGGUCGAGCAUGUGCUGUGCCCUAAUUACCGCCAACACAAGCAGCACACCCCAAAGAGACACUAGUCCAGUCAUUACAGAGCAUAACAGAGCUGCAAUUUCGACUCCUACGCCCUCACUAUUGUCAUUGUGCAUUUAAUAGUGUCUGUGUGGCAUUAACAAACAGCGACGCUGCUGAAUCGUGUUUCAUCAAGUUAAUCAUCUAUACAGGAGUCCAGUUAUCACACGUUGCUUGUCUUUUGUUUUGCCUUUUCUACUGGUGCAAUAAACUGUAAUUUUUAGGUGUUUGGUUUUUUUUUUUUUUCUUUUUUUUUUGAAGAGCUUGUUGCAUCCAGCUGGUAUUUUGUAUGCUUAUGUUUUUAUUUAUUAUUAUUUUGAUAACUAUCUGAGCUGUAUGAACUUUGUCUCCUUUGAAGUAAAGUUGCCUGUUGUUUUAAAUAAUAGUAACAUUAAAAACGUGUUUUUCA